CGACAACGUUGAACCACCGCGUUCGGCACUUCACGAGACAUGGCUCCUCGCAUGAUGCAUCCUCGAGUGGGCACCGGCGAACCCGAUCCCGAGGAGGACGAGUCCGAGGAGGAGAAGAAGGACGGCAUUCUCAUCCCGCUGCUCACGUUUUUCGGAUUCGUUUUCGUCUUCAUUCCAAUCACGGUCAUGCUCAUGGGCGCCAUCUUCGGCUUGAUCCUCGCCGAGGUGGAGGGAUGGAAGAUCAAGGACGGCUUCUACUACAUCAUCUCCAUGCUCUGCGGCCUGCCCACGCCCCUGACCGAGGUUGAUCCCGACACGGACGAAGGCAAACUCGUCGACGUGAUUGUCGCGCUGUGGGCGCUCGCGCUCGCGGGCACGAUAAUCGGCGUGGUCGGCGGUCUGUCCGUCAUCAACCGCCUCGUCGAUGCGGCGGAGAGCUUCGGCCAGAGGUUCAAGAGGGCCGCGAGGAAGGCCGUGACCGGAUCGGACGAGGAGGCUCCGGCCGCCGCCGAUGAGGACGGUGAGGAGAAGCCGGUCAGCCUAACGCUCAACGUCCUCACGUUCCUGGUCUUCAUCUUCAUCGUCAUCCCCAUCGUCAUCAUCCUCGUCGCCGUCCUCUUUGGCUUCAUCCUCGCCGAGGUGGAGGGAUGGAAGAUCAAGGACGGCUUCUACUACAUCAUCUCCAUGCUCUGCGGCCUGCCCAACCCGCUCACCGACGUCACGCCAGACUCGGACGAAGGCAAGAUUGUGGACAUCAUCAUCGCGCUGUGGGCCCUCUCCCUCGCCGGUACCAUCAUCGGCAUCGUCGGAGGCAUGUCCGUGAUCAACACGCUCGUCGAAAGCGCCGAGGCCCUGGGCGAGAGGUUCGGUAAGAAGAAGGAGAACUGAGCGCCGUGUACACGUUCUCUUGAGCGCGUGAGCGAUUCGUUGUAAUCUUUAGGAAGAUUUUUCAC